AUGUGGCUUCUCAACACCAAAACCUUGAAGUUGGAGGAACACGUCGACCCAGCCGCUAUCAAGUACGCUAUUCUCUCUCAUACUUGGGAGGAAGACGAAGUGUCUUUUCGGGACAUAUCCGAUCUCGACUUGGCCAAACGCAAGGCCGGAUUUACCAAGAUUGCAAAGACUUGUCGGCUGGCCCGCAGCAGGGGUAUUAGACUCGCCUGGGUUGAUACGUGCUGCAUCGACAAGUCCAGCAGCGCAGAACUGAGCGAGGCCAUCAACUCCAUGUUUCAAUGGUACAAACUGUCCGCAGUUUGCUUCGCUUACCUUUCCGACUUUGUUAUCCGUAGCCCAGACAGGAGCUCGCGCGUCAGGGAGAGUUUCUUCGAAAUCGCCGACGAGGACGCGUUCAAGCGUUGCAAAUGGUUUACGAGGGGCUGGACUCUUCAGGAACUGAUUGCCCCUAAAAUUGUUGAGUUUUACGAUUCGAGCUGGGGCCUUGUAGGGACGAAAUCCCAGCUGCCGGAGAUUCUCGAGAGUAUCACUCGUAUACCCCUCCAAGUACUUCUCAACUCUUCAAAACUUCAAUCGACAAUUGUGGCAGUCAAAAUGUCCUGGGCAGCGCAACGACAGACCAAACGGAUCGAGGACAGGGCGUACUCCCUUCUUGGCAUUUUCGAUAUCAACAUGCCUCUGAUUUACGGAGAAGGUGCUAAAGCAUUUCGUCGGCUUCAAGAAGAGAUCGUGAAGGAGACAAACGAUCUCUCUCUCCACGGUAUCGGCUCCCCGUACCUGACCACGCCAGUAAACAACGUAACUUCCAUCUAA